AUGGAAGCCAAUGAAACUGGUUCCACUCCUCACUUUCUCCUCCUGACCAGCAGGAUCGUUUUCAGACCAAUCGCCUCCUUUCAGAAAUGGAUCUCAGCGAUCGCAGCGGACAUGGUCCAUGAAUGCACGAUGGGGAUGCCUUCCCGACAGCCGGGAUUGCAACAUGUCCAGAUCGUAGCCAUGGGUUGUGCUGCCAGCGUCCACUCACCAACGAAGCCCCCGGCAGUGCAGCACUACAACUUCGUGGGACCCGAUUUCCACAGCCCUGCGCACUUGGAAGUGGCAGAUCGGUCGGACCUCCGUCCAUCCCUUCAAGGUUCAAUUCAGAGCCUACCAUCCACCAGCAGUUCGUAUGGCCGAAAAGUGAACGUCAUGUGCAAUUCACGAGUGAUUGCCUAUAACGCAGAGGAGUGGGAGGAACGCUUUGGUGACUUUCUGAAGAACUUGGAGCAGAUGGAAUCACCAGGUGAGGUGGGACAGUGA